GGGAACCUCUCUGUCAGUCUCCAGCAUCUGCCUGGCUCUUCCCUGAGCGCUGCCACCUUUUCACAAAGAUGGCUGUGUGCUGGAGCACUGAGGGUUUCUCUAAACUCUGGUCAAUUCAUCACCAGGGUCCUGAGGACUCUGGGAAGUCUGGAGGAAGUGUGGAAAACCAACAAACCAAUUUCCCACUUGCCGUUCCUGGUGGCCACAAGUAAACAGCCACUUCUGGGGCCAGCCUGGACUGUUGAAGGCUUUAUGCCUGUCCCUCCUUGACUUUGGGAGCCUCAAAAGCCAGGGAACACAUCCUGGCCAAGCCAGUCCUGUGCUGCUGGACUAGAUGUUGGUGGUUGGGAUCAAGCACCACUUGGGGGGAUAAAGGACAGCCUGGGGCUGCAGCUCAACUCUCUGGGGACUCACUCUCUUGACCUACCGCUCCAGUCACUUGCUGGAGGUGUCACCUCUAACACCAGCACACCCACCCGGAAUUCAGCUUUAAAAGAUGAGGGUGUCCCCCAUCUGAAGAGGACAGGUUGGGUCCCAGGCUAUGCUCCUGAGCUGAGUGCCUGCAGACAGCCUGAGGAGCUCCAUGGCACCCCCUCUCUCCAUGGAGAAAGCACUCGCUUUGCCUCAGGAUUGCCGGGACCUUGUACACAGCCUGAAGAUUCGAGGCAGAUACGUCCUGUUCCUGGCAUUUGUGGUCAUAGUUUUUAUCUUCAUUGAAAAGGAAAAUAAAAUCAUAUCCAGGGUCUCCGACAAGCUAAAGCAGAUCCCUCAGUUUGUGGCAGAUGCGAACAGCACCGACCCAGCCCUGCUCUUAUCAGAAAACGCAUCUCUCUUGUCCCUGAGCGAGCUGGAUUCCACCUUCUCCCAUCUGCGGAGCCGCCUGCGCAACCUGAGCCUGCAGCUGGGCAUGGAGCCAGAAAUGGAGGCCCAGGGCCAGGAGGCUGGGGCAGAGAAGCCAUCCCAACAGGCUGGGGUAGGGACCCGGCGGCAUGUGCUCCUCAUGGCCACUACCCGCACGGGCUCCUCGUUCGUGGGCGAGUUCUUCAACCAGCAGGGCAAUAUCUUCUAUCUCUUCGAGCCACUGUGGCACAUCGAGCGCACCGUGUUCUUCCAGCAGGGAGGCGCCAGCGCGGCGGGCUCGGCGUUGGUCUACCGUGAUGUCCUUAAGCAGUUGUUGCUAUGCGACCUGUAUGUGCUGGAGCCCUUCAUCAGCCCUCCGCCCGAGGACCACUUGACUCAGUUCCUGUUCCGCCGGGGAUCCAGCCGUUCGCUCUGCGAGGAUCCGGUGUGCACGCCCUUCGUCAAGAAGGUCUUCGAGAAGUACCAGUGCAGGAACCGUCGCUGCGGGCCACUCAACGUGACCUUGGCGGCCGAGGCCUGCCGCCGCAAGGACCACGUGGCCCUCAAGGCCGUGCGCAUCCGUCAGCUGGAGUUCCUGCAGCCUCUGACUGAGGACCCAAGGCUGGACCUGCGAGUCAUCCAACUGGUGCGCGACCCCCGGGCCGUGCUGGCAUCACGCAUAGUGGCCUUCGCGGGCAAGUAUGAGAGCUGGAAGAAAUGGCUGUCCGAGGGCCAGGACCAGCUGAGCAAAGAUGAGGUGCAGCGGUUGCGGGGCAACUGUGAGAACAUCCGCCUGUCUGCAGAGCUGGGUUUGCGGCAGCCAGCCUGGCUGCGCGGUCGCUACAUGCUAGUGCGCUACGAGGAUGUGGCGCGCAGGCCACUGCAGAAGGCCCGAGAGAUGUACGGCUUCGCGGGCAUCCCCUUGACCCCGCAGGUGGAGGACUGGAUCCAGAAGAACACGCAGGCGGCACGCGACAGCAGCGAUGUCUACUCCACCCAGAAGAACUCCUCGGAGCAGUUUGAGAAGUGGCGCUUCAGCAUGCCCUUCAAGCUGGCCCAGGUGGUGCAGGCUGCCUGCGGCAGGGCCAUGCGCCUCUUCGGCUACAAGUUGGCCAGGGAUGCUGCCUCACUCACCAAUCGCUCCAUCAGCCUGCUGGAGGAGCGGGGCACCUUCUGGGUUACGUAGUGGGGGGAUGUCCGGGACCCUUGGAACCCCUUCUCAUGAAAGGCUGGCCCUGCUUCCCUCACACCCAACCUGGCAGUGAGACACAGCCCUGGCAGAGAGUCAAAAAGGGGAGCGGUGAUGGGAACAUAGCCCCUGGCUGUAGUGGUAGGCCCCCUGCCAGCUAGACUCCCCCCCAACCCCCCCGCGCAGCUACAGCUAGGGCCUCGGGGCUCCUCUGAGGACAGCAGCAUCUUGUCUCCUUAGUGGUACUUAUCAUAAGGUGAGGACACCUUAUGACCUGCAAUGUCCCGAGCAGGCCCUGGUAGGUUCCUGUGUGUAGACGCACCUUCCUGGCUCUCUCUCACACGGUCACAUCAACAUCCACGAAGCACAUAAAAGCCUGUAAGGCUGUGUGGGCCAGAGUCCAAGUAUUUAACAACCUGAAGGGGCUUAGGCCCCCUCCAGUCGCUCAGACCUCCUACUGUAUUAAGUGUUAACCUCUUCCGCUCCGAGUCAGAGGAACCUGGGAUUUGGCUGAGUCCUUGGAAGGAGGCAGACAGCCUAGGGCGAGGAACGGGGGGCUGGGGGUGGCAUUGGAAGCUCCUCGGGCAACAAGGGCGGUUUGCCAGCGGAUGGAAAAUGGGUUGAUUAGCUGUUCUGGUCACUCACGAGUGUCAGCCUGGGUGGAGUGAGACACCCAAAGUGCACGGAAAGCAGACAAAGGCUGGGGGUGUGGCUCAGUGGUAAAGCCCUCGCCUCUCAUGGCCAGGACCCUGGGUGUGAUUCCUAGCACUAUAAAUAUAAGGGAAAAUAUGACAUAUAUAUAUAUAUAUACAUAUAUGUAUACAUCUGUAUAUAUAUGUAUAUAUAUGCAGCACAGGGAGAGACAGAAAAGCGUAAUAAGCACAUUCCCUCCCCCCCCUCAUAAGUACACUCUUCUCUCCCCCCCUCCACGCACGCCAUGUACACACUGGUACAGAAAAGCUUCCCCUUCUCCAUUCUUUAUGCUCACUGUGAUUUUUUGGGGGGAGGGUUGCUCUGUUUUGUUUUUCUGUCACACAUCUCUAAACGAGGAGCCUUAAAUUACAUUUUUUAGGAUUGCGUGGCGAGGGGGCAUAUUCCAGGACAAUGACACUUUGCCCUGACCAGCACUGGAAAGGAAUAAUGAUCUCUAAACCACCGCUGAGCAUCUUAGGUUGGCAUGGCUACCUCCCCUGACCCAUCCGCGUGCUCCGGCUGGAAGGCCAGAAUAUUUAGAGAUGGCAUGGGUAGCCUUCGUACGACUACAGUCCAAAGACCCCCAUCCUGACCACUCCUGGGUCUGUUUUUGAAGGCUUUCUGAGGCCCAACCAGCAGGCUCAGCUUCAGCUCCUGAAAGCCGAAAGGCGGCUCAAGGGCCUACUGUCUCUAGCCAGGCCUCCUCUGGAGCUAGUCAAGAACUUCAGAGUGCUCUGCAGGGGGAAGUCACAUUAGGAUGUAGCCUGCUAUUUCCCUUCUGGUUGACAGAAGUCAGCCCUCGGGUUGCCAUGGUUACAGCUAGUGUCUGAAAAGGAAGUCUGCUCUAGGGCUCAGCAAAGAGGUAUGCUGAUCUCAGGAUAAGCAGGUAUCUUAUUUAGGUUUUCUUGUUUUGUUAUGUUUUUUAUUUUUUGUUUUUUUUUCAAGACAGGGUUUCUCUGUGUAGCCCUGGCUGUCCUGAAACUCACUCUGUAGACUAGGCUGUCCUCAAACUCAGAAAUCUGCCUGCCUCUGCCUCCCAAGUGCUGGGAUUAAAGGCUUGUGCCACCACCGCCCAGCCUUAUUUAGGUUUUUAAGGUUAUUUAUAGCUUGGUGCUGUUUUGGACUUGGUUUCUGUAAAACUACACAGGAGCAGCUGGGUUUAAGGAGCAGGGGUGGCUGAUACCAGCAGGGAGCAUUUGGCUCCCAGUAAAGGGGUAGAGCAGAAAGGACUUCCCCUAGGAGGACUGUGGUCAUGCAGAGCCCCUAGGGUCCCACGCGUUCUCUUGUGUGAACUUCAUGUGGAGUAACUCUCACAAGCUCCCACCUUAGGCCCUAGGUGUGUAGCUCAGUUUGUGUAGAAUUUGCCUACUGUGUAUGAAGCCCCGGGUUCCAUGCCUUGUACCACAUCUUAUAGGUAUGACAGUGAGUACCUGCAUCCCAGCAUUCAGGAAAUCCAAAGGUUGGAGGUCAAAAGUUCAAGGUGCGGCUAUGUAUCUAGUUAGAGAUCAGAGUCUAUAAGGAAAAAAUUUAAAGCUUUCUCUAUCCAGAGCAACUAGUAUUCCUUCUCAAGACCAGGUUGCUUGAAAAUACCUUCUUGUAAGCCCCAACAUUUGGGGGAGGAUAGGAGACCUCCCCAAGCAGAAGCUCUUUCCUCCCUGUGCAAGCUGAGGUGUAGCUCCCCGGCUAGCCUUGGAACUGCCACUGUGGGGUUGGCACAUUGACUUUCUGGACAAUUGCUACACCUGGCACUGUGAGAGCCCAGGAUGGAGCUUGUGUGAGUACCAAGACACCGGAUGUGUGGCAUGGAAGCGGGCCUAGCACUGGUGUGGAAGAGGACAGUCGGAAAAGGAGAGUCGGGACACUCCCCCUGGUUGGGGUUUGUUAUCCACCUGCUCAGCUGCCGGGUCCCAAGCAUAGGUGAUCUUCCGUCACUCAAGCUAGCCUCUGCUCUUGAUUUUGACAAUCCAAGGACAAGUGUGUAGGGGACAAAGAGACACCAGUUCUUCAUCUGUGACAGGGAUAGGGGACAGGAUGUCUCGGGCAGGCUCGGGAGUGUGUUAUCUUCUCUCUGAGCUCUUCAUCCAGCCAUAUUCCCUACUCUGCAUGGUAUGUGGGGGUGGGAGGGGCUGAGCUGGCAGUUUCCAUUCUUCUUCUCUGGGGGGAGGGGAAGGGGAGGUUGCAAGGCCUCCAUCUCUUGGCUCUCUGAGGACAGACCCCCACAGUGGGGCCUUUGGAACUCAGGACAUUGACAAUGUUGUGUGCACUGCAAGUUGACUUUAUUUAUUUUGUAGGAAAAAAGAGACAGUAUUCUUUGCAGGGCCUAAAACUGUGCCCUAAUCAAGAAGUACAAUUAAUAAUAUUAUUAAUAACAAUAGGGGUGAUUCAUAGGCCACACACACACACACACCAGGCCACACAAGGACCAUGUAGGGGAUGAGACAGAGCCAGGUCAUGGAAGGUCAUGGAUGCUAAAGGGGUUCUGUGUGUCUAUUAUUGAUCAGAAAAUACAAUACGAAGGCCCUUACUCAGCUGUCUGCUACAACAGAACAGCUUGGGUAGGUGGAUGUGGGCAGGCAGAUGUAGCUUUGAAACGCGUCCCCCAAGGCUCAGCCAUCUAGCCAUUACAAAUCCUCAAGGUUCGGAAAGGGACACUGUGGGACAAAGUACUGGGCAUCUUCUCUGAGGCUUUAGGGUUCUUAGUAAAGAACUGGAUAGAGAAAGUGCCCAUGCUGGUGACAUGGGACAACUGCUAAUCCAACUCCAAAGAUCAAAGGGCACCCAGGUGGUCUACGACAGUGACACUCUUUCCUAUCAUUAGGGGUGUCUGCCCCCACUAAAAGCCAUGGGAUUUCUGGACCUAAGCGGGUAGGAAGGACUUAGGAGUACCAGAUGGCUUGGUCCCAGCCCCCAAUCCCUCAGCUGUCUUCCACAUUAGAGCCAUUUCAGUUGACCGUGGACUUGUCCCUUGA